UAAAUAUUUGCGCUCCUCUUUCCGACUCUGCCUGAACAGUGAGAUUAUCAGAUCUGAUUCUCAUUCAAUUACACACAGAAAAAGGUCUUUAACGUACAAAAAAAAAACCUCCACUACGGCGUCGUUUCCACUUGUUUCCCCGCGAAAUUCCUCAGAUCCGCUGAUGUAACCCUCGCUAAUUUUCCCAUUCGCUUCUCGUGAUUUUUCUCUGCGCUUUUUCGGUCGAGCAGCGGGGAAAAAAGUUGUAGAAAGGAAGUAUUUUUUUUUGUUUCCAUGGAUUCGGAAGAAAUUCGGUCGAUUCUAUCGAGAUCGGGGGUUGGAAUUUGGGCGCUGAUUGACGCGGCGAUUGGAGUCGCCAGCUCGGACUACGGCGACGAAUUGCGCCGCCGGAGAGAUAGAAUUGUUGAGUCGCUUUACGCCCCCCCGGCGCAGCUGUGUCGGAACUGCAACGGCGGUGUUCAAGACGACGGUGAUCGGGACGGCCGUUUUUAUAAUCGUAGUAAUAAUAUUAAUAACAGUAGUGAUGAUGUUGAUAAUAAAGAUGACCACGAAAACAAGAAGAAAUUUAGUGUUGAUGAUGAUAAAGAUAAGAGGAAUUUAAACGAGGAUUUCAGUAAGAGUCCGUUGACUCCGGAGUCAAACCACCGGAACUCUAGUGGCGGAGAAGAGGAAGAAGAGGAUGUGGAUCCGUAUGCAGGGCUGUUUGAUGAUGAACAGACCAAAAUUCUCAACAUCAAGGAGCAGCUUGAGGAUCCACAACAGAGUGAAGAUGCCGUGGUGGAAUUGCUGCAAACCUUGGCUGAUAUGGAUAUCACGUUCCAAGCGCUCAAGGAAACUGAUAUAGGAAGACAUGUGAAUCGACUGAGGAAGCAUCCAUCAAAUGAAGUUCGCAGAUUGGUGAAGCAGCUUGUCAGAAAAUGGAAGGAAACAGUGGACGAAUGGGUUAAGGUCAACCAACCGCAACAAACUUCAAACCUUAUUGCUGAUGUGGACUCACCUCAGCAGAACAUACCCAAAAAUCAACAAAAUGGCCAUCACCAGGUUCCAGAUUUUGGAUACUCUCCAAAUCCCCGGAAUGGGAGUUCUGGUGCAGAAAGGAAUCAUGCAGAACAUGAAACAAAGCCUAAAGCGCCUCAAUCUGCGGUCCGAAGAGAAGCUCCAUCAAGACCACCACAAUCAGCUCCUAAAUCUGCUUCUGCUCCUCCUCCCAAUAGGGCCCAAAGGGAACCCGUCGUAGAUGAUGAGAGGCUAAAUUCAGCAAGGAGGAGGCUUCAAGAGAACUACCAAGAAGCUGAAAAUGCCAAAAGGCAAAGGACAAUUCAGGUGAUGGAUAUUCAUGAGCUUCCCAAACCAAAGAAUGCCUUCUUUGCCAAGAACAAAGGCGGCUUUCAGGGGAGACACCAUAGGUAAUCUGCCGGGCCAUGUACCAACAUAAUUCAAUCCAACGAUGUCUUUAUUAGAGGGGCUUUUCCAGAAAAAAAGCAGUUGGAUAUUGCCCUUUGAUCGCAUUUUGCCUAAACCAUAAAUUAGAAAGAAAGAAACUGAUAUCAAUUUAUGAUUUUAGUUUAUCUAUACUCUUUUAAUAAUUGAAAAGAGAGAA